AGACACAACAAUGGACACCAUGGUACUAACAGCGUCAGUGAGCCGAGCAACAGUGCAACCAGCAAUAGUGGUCAGUGUCGUCAGUGAAUCGUGGUGAGUCGUAUGAGUGAGAUAUCGGUGCGUUUGCGACACUUCGAAAUGUCAAUUUCGGCGAAAAUUUACGAGGAGUAGAAAGGUGCUAUGGCAGCUUCAGUUGUAUCAUACAACGAUGAGGAGGAGUUAAAUGCGGAAACGGAGUCAGAGGCCAGUAGUAUAUAUCAAGGCUCGGUAAUCUCUACCGUACCUGAUCGCCAUGGAUUUCUAGGCGGUUCACAAUACAGUCCAGAAAGGAAACAAUCUAUACCACCUGAUGUGAUAUUGCGGAGGGAGAGAAAAUGGAUACAGAUGCUGAACAAUUGGAACCUUUUUAUGACCACAAAUUACCAUAAGGUCCGCGAGAGAUGCCGCAAGGGUAUACCACCUUCUGUGAGACUACGCGCCUGGCUAAACCUAUGUGGUGGUCAGCUUCUAAUGAACGAGAACUCAAAUUUGUAUGAAGAAUUGAUCAAACGGCCCGGUGAUCCCAAAUACAUAGAAGACAUCAAGAAGGAUCUCCAUCGUCAGUUUCCACAUCAUGAAAUGUUCGUCGAGAAUGCACCUGGACAGCAGGAACUGUUCCAAGUUCUGAAGGCGUACUCCAUUCUGAACAGCAAAGUGGGCUACUGCCAAGCUCAAGCGCCUAUUGCUGCAUUUUUACUGAUGCAUAUGCCGGCAGUGCAAGCAUUUUGGUGCCUCGUUGCGAUAUGCGACAAGUAUCUCAUCGGCUAUUACAGUCAGGGCAUGGAAACGUUGCUGCGCGAUGGAGAUAUUCUCUUCGCUCUUUUGAAAAGAAUCUCGCCCGUUGCGUAUAGGCAUUUAAAAAAACAAAAAAUGGAGCCAAUCUUAUAUAUGACGGAAUGGUUUUUAUGCGUUUACACGCGAACAUUGCCGUGGGAAAGUAUCUUGCGUAUAUGGGAUAUGUUCCUUUGCGAGGGCGUGAAAGUGAUCUUCAAAGUAGGUCUGAUACUAUUGAAAGGUAGUCUAGGUCGCACUUCUCUUACCAAAUGUUGUCCAACGACAUACGAAACCCUCCAAGUGCUGAGAAAUCCAUCCCAACAUAUCAUGGAGGAGGAAGUCUUGGUUUAUCAGAUUCAGAGGUUGAAUUUGAGCGAAGAAGAUUUUGAAUAUGAGCAUCAGAGGCAAAUGUUGAAAAGAAAGGCGGCGGAGAAAGAAACUGCCAAUCGAACUGAUUGAUAAUUAAG